UACUGUCUUAUUUUUUAUCCUUUCUCCCACAUCUCUUUUACGACAAAUUUAUUUAAAGAGAUAUUUUGAUAGAGCGUCGAGGACAGUCUUUUCCACUGACGAACGGAAGUACAACGUGUCGUACGCUGACUACAUGUCAGAACUUUCAUAAGUAAUUUCAUGUAGCUUUAAGCUAAAUGUCAAAUGCAUGUCCAGUGUCUGUCCAGACUUUUGCAGCAUUUUCUAGAAGAUGAAGGUGAUCCAGCACUCUGCAGAGACACUGCAAGCAGCUUUGGUCUCUAAUCAGAAAGACUUGGCUAAACUUUACAGUAAGUACACAAAAGAAGAAAGGUGUCUUCUGGAGGAAGGAUUCCACCCAGGGCAGCUGGGUUCCCUUUUCCAACCCAUCACAGUGCACUCUGACUCGGACUGGAUCCCUGCUCACCCUGAGGAGCCUCAAGACUUUAAGAGCUUCUACAGAGACCCUUACAGGAAGACCCCCAAUGCUGGCCACAGCACUAUUUAUAUUCAAACCAUAGGUUCCUUUGGGGAGGCAGGGGUCCAGACAGACCAGUAUGUGGAGUGGCUCAGACAGUACUGCCAGGCCUUCUUCCAUGGGCUUUCUGUCAAGCUGCUGCCGGCAGUUAGUGUGGAUGAAACAAGGUGCUCUUUCCGAGUUAACAGUAACUCACACAAUCUUCAGAUCCACACUGGCAGCCUGCUACAAUUUCUGGCCAACAGGAAACCAAAAGAUGCUUUUUGUAUUGUUGGAAUCACAAUGAUUGACUUGUACCCCAAAGACUCCUGGAACUUCGUCUUUGGACAGGCUUCUCUCAGUAUGGGAAUGGGUGUUUUCAGCUUUGCCAGGUAUGAUGACAACUUCUACAGCAGGAAUUAUGCAGGGAGGCUGAAGAAACGUCUUCAGCUAAAGCAGGGGGACUACUCUGUGUUUGACGGAUAUUACACUCCCCCCAUCUGCAGUACUCUGCUGCUUCGAUCCUGCAAGGUCUUCACCAAACAUUUGACAAUGACACAUGAGAUUGGCCAUAUGUUUGGAAUAAGACAUUGCCAGUGGUUGAACUGUGUCAUGCAGGGCUCCAACCAUCUAGAGGAGUCUGAUCGAAGGCCUCUGGAUUUCUGUCCCAUCUGCCUGCGGAAGCUACAGGUGUCAGUCAGCUUUAAAAUAGCUGAAAGAUACAAGGCCUUACUGCACUGGAUGGAGGAUGAUCAGAGACCAGAGGAUGCCUCUGCCUGUCAGUCUGCACUCUGCUUUCCCAAACCCACUGAAGCCUUUCAUGCAUCCAAACUGUGGCUCCGCAGGUGCCUGGAUAUACUGGAAAAAAAUGACCUAUAGCAUUUUCCUGUGGAUCUGGAGAGAAGAACGGGACGUCAAAAUGCACGUAGGUCUAAAUGCUUCGUGUAGAACCAUACAACAUUUUUUUUCUGCUUAUGUUGGAUACAAAACAGAAUCUUGAUGUUGUUUUUGACUGUUACGCUCAAUUUCAGAACAACCACAGAGCUCACUCCUUAUAUUUUGGCUGACAUUUACUGGCUACCCAUAGUAAUAUACAGUUUGUUAAAAAAAAGUUAUGUGAUCAGUUUGGACGCACAAUUUGGACACGUGCUUCCUGACCAAAUAAAAAAAUGGGUUCAGUUUAAUAGGUUUUCAAAAGGUAAAUUAAGGAUUAAGGUAAAAGUUUACAAAAAGAAACCAUUAUGCAUAAUUUCAAGGUUCUAAUCACUCUGCUUCUUUAUUGUGAUUGAACACAUUUUCAUUACAAAAAUAACUUGAGUCUGACAUCUCAUGUCUCAUAACAGUGCAUCAUCAGCUUGGUAACACAGUUUGAUUAAAAAUAAAACUUUUAAUCACUUA